UUGUAAUUUCAGCCAUGUCUGAAAUAAGACGAAGACGUAAAGACAAAUUUUCUGAACGCAUUCCAUUAAAAAGGGAAACAAUGGCCAGUCAAUUAAUAAAAAAUUGGCGUUCUAAAAUAUUUUUACUAUUAUCAAUAUUAUUUUCCAUAUUUCUUUAUGUUUAUAUACGAAAUUCGUUCUUUAUUCCUACCAAUGUUUUACAAAAAUCUGAACUUCCAAGAAGUGAAAUUGAGGAUAUUUAUAAAGAAACAAGUUGGGGUACACUUCGUCCUCAUCUCUAUUUUGGUCUGAAAACUAAACAAAUACUUUCACCACUGUUUGGUUUACUAUGGUACGAACAACCUCGUCAACAAUUUAUUCAAAAUCUUCCUUUACGCCAUUGGUGCGAUCAUGCUGAUCCUGUUAAAUAUGGUUGGGAGGCGCAUGAUGGACGUACCUUUGGAAGGCAAAAAAUUACUGACGGAGAUUUAUCUUUUUUUAUUGACUGGAUCUCCAAAGGUGAAAAAUCUUGGACAGUUCGAAUGUUUGGAAGAGCUGAGCAAAACUCUAGUUUUUCUUUUCUUCUUUAUUUGGCACUUCAAAAAAAUAUUAGCAAUAAUGGUGAAAUUGAGGACGGAGUGUUAACUCCAUUGAACCUUCUAGAAGAUGGAGGACUUACUUAUAAAUUUAUUAAUGGUCAUUCUUGUAGCAUCGGUCAAUUCGACAUUAAAAUUCUUUUUACAAAUCCAAUGACAACUGAAAAAUUUUCAAAUGUUGCUUACAAACUUCCUGCUCAUUUGGGAAUGGUUCACAUAAAAGAUGUAAUUCUUGGCUCAUUUGCGCGUCCAGAAAACCAAUUAGAUCUGAUUUUGCAUCAAAAUGAACGAAUCGCUUCGUUCGAGUCAUCUUCAGGGAAUGUUGAUUUUAGUGUUGUUCAGAUAACAGUUUCUGGUGAUUUUGACUUCAUUGUCGAAUUGAAUGCUGCAAAUGAUGGGAUUUUGAAUGAUUACUUUCAGACAGUUUUCGAUAAAAAGUUGAAGGAAUUUGGAGAUCGUUUUGAUGAUGCCUUUCCUAUUGAUUUAAAAAACGAAGAAGGACUUGAACCAAAUAAAAAUGAUGUUAAUGAUAGAAAUUAUAGAAAAUUGGCAAAAACUGCUUUGGCUAAUUUAUUGGGUGGUGUUGGUGUAUGGCAUGGCUAUUCUCUUGUUAGGACAUCUGAAAAUCCCAAUGAAGAUGCACGUUAUUAUGGUCCAUUGUCUCUGUUUUCUGCCGUUCCUUCUCGACCCUUUUUUCCGCGUGGAUUUCUAUGGGAUGAGGGUUUUCACAAUCUUUUGAUAAGAAAAUUUGAUCCUCUUUUAACUUUACAGAUUAUUGCGUCUUGGCUUGAUACAAUGAAUGUUGAUGGCUGGAUUCCACGAGAGUUAGUUUUGGAUGAUGAGGCACGAGCACGAAUACCUUCAGAGUUUUUGGUUCAAAGUCCAGAAGUGGCUAACCCGCCUAUGUUUUUCUUUCUAUUGGAUAAAUUCUUGAGGAAUUCCGAGGGCCGUAACAGAACCACAAAUCUUGAAGUUAACCCAAUGACAUUACCAAGUGGUUUAGACGAUUUUCCCCGAGCAUCAAAUCCGUCACGUGAAGAAUACCAUCUAGAUUUGCGUUGUUGGAUGGCUCUCAGUUCAAAAAUACUAAGACAAUUAGCUGAAACGUUCGACGAUUCCGAUUGGGUGCCAAUAGUAGAAGAAGAUAUUAAAGAAUUUGGAGAUAUUACAACACUUGAUAAACUUCAUUGGAAUGAGAAAAAACAGCAAUAUUCUGAUUUUGGUUUACAUAGUUAUAAAUUUAAAAUGGUCCCUGUUAAAAUAAAUGACCAGGAAAUACAAUUACAACGAAAAAUAAUUGAGGAACCUCAUCUACGUUUUGUUGAUGAUGUUUUUGGAUAUGUUAAUUUAUUUCCUUUACUUCUUAAACUUUUGCCUUCUGACAGUCCAAAAUUGGGAGUAGUUUUGAAUUCAUUAAAUAGAACAGAGGAUUUAUGGACGAAUUUUGGUCUUCGUUCACUUUCUAAAAAAUCUUCAUAUUAUAUGGUUAAGAAUACAGAACAUAAUAAACCUUAUUGGAGAGCGCCUAUUUGGAUAAAUAUGAAUUAUUUAACUUUGGAUGCUUUAAAUCAUUAUUCAAAAUCUGAUGAUCAAUAUGCACAUUUAGCAAAUGAACUUUACUUCCAACUUCGUUCAAAUUUAGUACAAAAUAUAGCAAAUCAAUAUUCAAAAACUGGGUUUUUCUGGGAGAAUUAUAAUGAUACAAAUGGUGAAGGGCUUGGGACACAUCCAUUUACGGGUUGGACAACUUUGGUUGUUAAUAUUUUAGCUAAUACAUAUGAUUAA